GUGCUUUUUCUCCCGGUGCUGCUUCUCCCGGCGCUGCCUGGGAGCGGGAAUGGCUGCGGGGCGCCGGCGGCGGAACGGACGGGGCAGCACCGCCCGGGGCGCGGGAGAGCACACGCAGUCACAGAGGAAUGAGAAGGUGCAGUGUUCAAACCACGAUGAAACACAUAGGCUCAUUCUCUCUCCUAAUGGGGAGCUUUCUGAACACUGGGCUACAGCUUCUUCUGACUACUCUGAGAUGAGGCUGGUGAAAGAACUGGGAAACCAAGAUAUUGUUCAAAUAGCAUGUGGAGACCAGCACGCCAUGGCACUAUCCAGAGGAGGUGAGCUCUUCGCUUGGGGCCACAACACCUAUGGACAGCUUGGAGUGGGGUGCCAAACCACCAUACUCAUCCCGCAGCCACGGCUGGUGAAAAGACUAAAGGGCAUCUCACUUGCUCAAAUUGCUGCCGGGGGAGGUCACAGUGUCACCGUGUCACUCUCUGGAGCUGUGUACUCCUGGGGAAAGAACGAUUUUGGACAGCUGGGACUCGGAGACACAGUAGACAGGGACUGCCCAUCAUACAUUGGAGCUUUAGAGCACUGGAAGACUGUCUUUAUCUCAUGUGGGGCAGAUCAUACUGCAGUCCUCUCCAAAGAAGGGUUGGUGUGCACCUUUGGAGCAGGAGGGGCUGGCCAGCUUGGUCACAACUCUACACGGAAUGAACUCUUGCCUCGUGUGGUGGCCGAACUGUGGGGAGCAAGAGUUUCGCAGGUUGCCUGUGGCAGACAGCACACCCUGGUCUAUGUCCCUUUGUUGGACAAAGUCUAUUCAUUUGGUUCUGGUGAAGAAGAAAAGCUGGGAGAUGAGAGAAAGCCUAAUCAGUUGAUACCACUUCCCAUCAAGUCAACAGUCAAUACUGGAAAAUCCUAUUGGGAAAAAAACACAUCACGGAAGGCGAUUGAAAUUAUGGCAGUAGGAAACCGAAGUAUUGUCCUUCGCAAGAAGCAAAAGAUUUCCAAUUUGAAUGGUAUUGCCACACUGAAGGUUGAAGAUGUGAAUGCAUGGAUUUCUAAUUCCAGUUCCCAACACUGGGAGAAGGUAAAAAAGAAUAUCAGGCUGAUCUUUUCAUCUGAGGCUUGCAUCAAUGGAAGCUUCUUGGAGAAAAGAGACAAACAUUUCAAAACUUCCAAAGAAGUCUCGGGUGUAAACAUGUCAGAAGUGCAACGUUUUUAUGAGAAGAUCAGCAAGAAGCCACAAGUCUUCCAGGAGGUGCAAAAGGAGAUUGAGAAGUUACUGCCAUCACUGUCUUCCUCUCCCAUCUCACCUGAAAAUUUCAGAGUCUACUUGAUCUUGCCUGUUCUUCUGCAGGGAGAUGAUAACAGCUCUUACCGUUCUCUCAGGCUGCUAGCACAAGCCAUCAUGAAGCUCCAGCCAAAGGACCUGCAGACUCUUGAAUGCCUGUGGUCAAAUCUAGAAACAUCCUUUUUCACGGAGCUGGUCAUUCUAUAUCAGAGGGUUUCCCAGAAAAACCUGUCUCAAUUUAUCAUGGAAGUCUGUAGUUGUCAAAGAGAUCCCUUCGAACUGCACCCACAUGAAACAGACGCUCUGCAAAUACUGCAAAUUCUUCACCGGGUCAACUCCAGAACUGGUUUCAGAGUACAAGAAAACAACUUCUUUGUGCCUCAAGUGAAAGAGAUUAUCGGCUUGUGUUGGGUAUUUAAUGCAAAAGAAACAGCCCUAUGGAAGCUGACCAAAUAUCCAUGUAUCUUUAACAUGCAAGACAAGGCCAACGUUCUUUAUCUAGAACGGAAUUCUCUGUCCAGCCCUUCUAGUGAUGUAAGUAUGGCCAAUUUUUUUUACAAUUUAGAAGCGAUAAACACACUGCUAACAGACUGUUACUUCAAUCUUCAGAUACUCUUAAUACCGAUGGACCGGCAAUGCUGGAUUUUUCAAGUCAGAAGACAGUGUCUUCUGGAAGACAUAUGGAACAAUUUAAAUGGCGCAACAACCCAGCAAUUCAGGAUGGUCUUAAAGGUGUGUUUCGUGGGCGAGGCGGGAGUGGACGAUGGCGGGCCGUCCCGGGAACUCUUCAGCAUCGCCGCCAGGACCCUGUGCCAGCCCAGCAGCGGGGUGUUCCACCGCCACGCCGAGCUGGCAUGGUUCCCCAGCCAGCAGGUGCCAGGGGACAAGGACAUAUUCUCCCACAUGGGGACUCUGUGCGGGAUGGCGCUGUACAACGGCUGCGUUGUGCCCUUCCCCUUCCCCAGGGCUCUCUACAAGAAGCUGCUGGGGCUGGCACCCACCUUGGAAGACCUGGAGGAGCUGUUUCCUGCUGCAGGCCGGAAUCUUCGGGGAAUUUUGGAUGAAGAAUGUGAUCAUAUCCUUGAGAGCCUGGACAUGAAUUUCACGAUAAUGGAAGAAGAAGGUACCAUAGUUGAACUUAAAAAAAAUGGUGCCAACAUUCCUGUCACUAAGAAUAACAGGGAGGAAUUUGUUGACUUGUAUGUGAAUUAUGUGUUCAAUGAAUCUGUACGGAAGCCAUUUGAGGACUUUAUGCAAGGGUUUUUAAGAGGCUGUCCAGCUAGGAAGUGGAAGAUGUUUCUCCCCGUGGAGUUCCAGACGGUUCUUCAGGGACACACAGAAAUUGACUGGCACAUGCUGGAAAAGAACGUGGUGUACAGACAGUAUACGAAGUUAGAUCAAACCAUCAGGAAUUUUUGGACGGUGUUUCACAAGCUCCCAGAAGAAAAAAAGAAGAUGUUUCUUGCUUUUUUGUCAGGAUCUGAUCGAAUCCCUGGCUUUGGACUGGAGUAUUUUCAGAUUUUAAUUGCAGAUGCUGAAACAGAAAAUCCAGAUGAAGCCUAUCCUUUUGCCAAUACCUGCAGCCGUAUUUUGUUCCUCCCCAGAUACAGCAGUAAAAGAAUACUCAAGAAAAAGUUGCUGUAUGCCAUAGAGCAUAAUGAAAAUUUUGGCUUGCGCUGACUCUUGGUCAGAAGCAACUUCAAAGCACAAAUAAGAAAAUGAGUCUUUGUUUCACUUGCCAUGUUUUCCUAUUAAUAAUUCCAGUUUACUGGCUUCUACCCUGCCUUAUUUUUACUGCACUUUAUGAAUACUUGAGUGUCUGUAUUCACUGAGAUUUUAUAUUGGUUUUAAAAAUGAGCUGAGACCAGUUGCCUGGUUGUCAGAUUAUAAAGUUAGGAAAGAGGAAUCCUAUUUAACAUGCUUCCAAGAAGCAAGCUGAUAACCAAGUGUACUUACAGAUAGGUGCAUCCUGUCUGUGCUGUGUUAGUCUUGUUUAGUUGGUGAGCUUCCAGCAGCAGGGAUUCUGUGAUUUGUACAUUACCAAACAUACAGCCAGUAUAUGCUAAGCAGUUGUUGCACAAGGAAGUUAGGGCAAACUAUUAAUUAAGGAUUCUUUUGGGGAGCAACUAAUGCUAAGAAAACACGUUCUUGCAAACUCUGAACUGAAGGAACAUUCUAUGCUCACCUGAGUACAGUCUUUGACUUAUCUGACAAAAGUUCUUAAAAUGAGGAUUUGAUCACUCCUAGACUUUCUCAAAAGCCAUAUUUGUAGAGCAUUAAUGGUCUCAUUAUUUAGUGUGAUAACACUGUGAUAUUUGUCAUCUUUCUAUCUUCUAAGGAUGUUUGGCAAUUAAAUAAAACAUAAUUUUAGGCUUGCAGAACAGCUUUCUGUUUGGAACUCUGGACAGGAGGCUUGUGGGGCUGCCAGGCAGGAUGUAAAGGCAGAUGUGUAUUUUUCUGUAUAUUUUGCUUUGUGUAAAAAGAGAGAGGCAAUAAUCAUGAUUUGUCAGCAGUCUUCGUCUCUCUACUUUGGUGUAUUAAAUUGCCAGUGAACAUAGACGUAUAUAGAAUUUUACUGUGCUAAAUUAAAUGAUGAUAGAUUAAAUUUCCAUAUCUCUAGUUGUGUUCUUCCUUCAUUAUGUAGCUGCCUAUGCAUGCCUAUCUGUGUUUUCUGUCCUCAUCGGUAUGGGGAAGCCAUUCACAAGAGGAGUCAAAGGCUGAUGUGUAUUUCAAAUAGAUGCAUUGCGUAGGCUGAACAAGUCAAGGUCUUUCACUGUUGGUUCAGAAUAUAUUUUAGGUUAAUGUAAAACUUUUUACCUCCCAUUCUGUCUUGACUUUGUGUUGGGUAUCACAAGC